AUGGUGUCCUCCAUGAUCAAUUUUAUCACUGGGAAUAAGAACAAGCUUGCUGAAGCUAGAGCAAUUUUGGAGAUCAUUGAAAUCCAGGGUUCGCUUGAAGAUAUUGCGCGAGACAAGUGUCAAAAAGCAGCUAUAGCAGUCAACGGACCUGUUCUGACAGAGGAUAGUGCCCUUGAAUUCAGGGCACUCAAGGGUUUACCUGGGCCAUAUAUAAAGUGGUUCUACUCUGCUCUAGGCAAUGAUGGCCUGUGCAAACUACUCGCAGCGUAUGACGACAAAGCAGCCACGGCCGUGUGCACAUUCGCCUUCUCUGCUGGCCCAGGAUCCGAGCCUCUCCUUUUCCAGGGACAUACUGAAGGCAAGAUUGUUCAUAAAAGGGGAGAAGGUGGGUUUGGUAUGUUUUCCAAUCGACUAUUGCAUGUUUCUCGAGAGACCAAGCGUAAUCCUUCUUCAGGUUUUGACCCCAUCUUUGAAGUUGAAGGCCAAACCUAUGCAGAAAUGAGUUUUGAAUACAAGAAUAUGGUUUCUGAGAGGUUCAAAGCUCUGGGGAAAUUGCAGAACUGGCAAAGGAAUAUAGUAUGA